GGCUGCAACCACAUUUGCAAAAUACAGUAGACGGGCUUCUUGUUUCCCACAGGAGCUCCGGCGGCGGCGGGACAUCGGCGGCGCAGUGCAAUUCCAGUUCGGUGUAGCGAAUCCGCAGCAAUCAAGUCAGCAGAAGCAGUAAUCACAGUUAGAAGUGAGAAUGGGUCGGAAGGCUGGUGGGUUGUACAUAAACCCAAAAAAGUUUGGCGGCGUCAUCAAGCCUUGUAUGAUGGAGAUGACUUCCUUCCUCAACUGCCUCGCUUUGAACAAGCAGAACGACGACAAGUGCAUGAGGCAGAAGGAGCUCCUGGUUACCUGCACUCAGGCUCAGAAAGGGAAGCAGAAGAAUGCGGGCCAGACCAUCAAUUACCAUCUUCACCGGCUUGGGCGAGACAAGUUCAAGUAGUUCCAGAGAACCUGACCUGAAGCGCUGUUUCGUUUUCAUUUGUACUCCCAUGAUCUCCGGACAGCAAUAAUUUCUUCCAAGUAGUGUUUUUCUGUGUGCUAAAUGAGCAUUAAUCUUGGUCAAGUUUGAAACAUUUUCAUUGUCAGACUUGUAAGGCAUCACCGCUAAAUGAGAACUGCUGUUUUGAUAGUAAUCAUAAUGUCAUUGACACGAGACCACCAUUUUUGGCAGCA